AUGACUUUCAACAUUCCUAAUAACCACGUUCAAAUCGGGGGUAGAAAAUCCGCCUUGGCUGUGGUACAAUCUGAAAUUGUUAAGGGGAUAAUUGAAGAGAAAUAUCCAGAACUUAGUUGUUCAAUCUUAGCCUUGAGUACUCUUGGUGACAAGGUUCAAUCCAAACCUUUAUACUCAUUUGGAGGGAAGGCAUUAUGGACUAAAGAACUCGAAGUUCUUUUGCUUGAAGAAAUGGAUGAAUUCCCAAAAUUAGAUUUAAUUGUUCAUUCACUUAAAGAUAUGCCAACUAACUUACCAGAAGAAUUUGAACUUGGUUGUAUACUUGAUAGAGAAGAUCCUAGAGAUGCAUUGGUCAUGAAGCAAGGCUCCAAGUAUAAGAGUCUUGCAGAACUCCCAGAUGGAUCGGUAGUAGGAACAAGUUCAGUUAGAAGAUCUGCACAACUUAUGAAGCAUUAUCCAAAAUUAAAAUUUGACUCUGUAAGAGGAAAUGUUCAAACUAGACUUAGAAAGUUAGACGACCCAGAAGGAAUCUUUUCAUGUUUAUUACUUGCAGCUGCUGGAUUAGAUAGAUCUGGUUUGGGUGGCAGAAUCACUUCUCGUUUGGAUGCCCCAGAAAUGUAUUAUGCAGUUGGACAAGGUGCCCUUGGUGUUGAAAUCAGAAAAGAUGAUAUGGUGAUAAAAAAGCUUUUAGAUACUCUUGAAGAUCCAUCCACCGCUUACAAAUGUUACGCUGAAAGAUCGCUUAUGAGAUACUUAGAAGGUGGAUGUUCCGUACCAAUUGGUGUCCACACUACAUACAAUGAAGAAUCUCAAAAAUUAACUUUGAAAGGAUUGGUUGUUUCUCCAGAUGGAACCAGUUCUGUUGAGGAUGAAGUUUGCGCAAAGGUUACCAGUAAGGAAGAAGCUAACGCAGUUGGAAUUCAAUUGGGAGAUCUCUUGAUUGCAAAGGGUGCUCAACAGAUCUUGAAGGAUAUUAAUUUCGAAAGAAUUAACCAAAGACCUGAACUGAAAUAA